CCAUAUGAAAUUUAGUUACUUAGGUAGUUAUAUUUAGACUGACAGUGUCUCUGCUCAGAAACAUUUUUCGCGUGUAAAGAAAAAUCAUUGAAUUCAAAUUUAAGAUACCCAUAAUAGUGACCUACUUGAUACCUUAUGUACAGCAGAUGUAUACCCUAUGGCCUAGGUAACCACUAACCAGAGCGGCCGACUCUCAAAGGCGGAACGCAGAUCAAAUAGUCUAUUUGUUGUCUUGUUUUGCUAGUUAAGUUUGAUCCUAUAUGCCAAAGACCUACUAGGUGGUUAUUCUGGUUAUAGAGACCGCCACUUAAAUUUCGAAAUUUUUAUUUUGUUUUGUUUUAUCGAAUGUACCAAUGUUUUUGUGGAUAAUAAACGAUGCAAUCGGAGGAGAAGUAAUGUCAAACAUAGUAUCUCCCCCAGUCGUGAUUCAGAAAAAAAACAUUAGGUGUACCCUCUUGCUUACAUUUUUUAAAUUUAGAAUUUGUACAGUUUGUUAAUAUUUUUGUUUGUAGGAGUAGAAUGUACCAUCACUGAUAAUUGUGAUGUACUUUAUGUCGCGUAGAUGCGUAGUAUACUAUUAUUCACCAUUUUAGUAAUAAUAAUAAUGAUGAUGACUAAGGUUUGGAACGACACGUCGUGGUCAGACCGUGACUCUGCAGAGGCGAUGGUCGGAGGAGAGUCGAGAACGUUGGAAAUCACGGCCAUCGGACGCACGCGUCACGGUCCGAAAAACGUUUACUAUUUCUCUUUCUCUCGGUCUCGACUCUCGACUUGUCUUCCACGCGUCGACAACGCCGACGCAAACGAAUUUUUAAGGUACCUACUUCACCGUUAAUAAAUAUCGCUCACCUGUAUCUCGAUUGAUGAUGUAUGUUGCAGUGUACAAUAGUGUCUUUUUAUAAUAUUUUAAUAAUCAUAAACGCUGGCCAUGAAUAUUUUACUACUAAACUGGUAUAUGACGUGCACAGGUUACAGUAAUACGGUAUACAGGUAGCCAUUCUAUCAAAACGUCUGAUCUGCCGAAGAGAUAAUACGAAUAAUAACAUCGCCACGGUAAUCACCGUCUUAUUACCGAGUUGGUCGCCUUUGUCACUUAUCGGACUUAUCGGAGGAGGAAGAGGCAGUGAUAGCGAUGAUGAGCGAACUGCCGACCGACGGCCAACUUUGCCGUUACUACCGAAACGCGUUCCCGACGCCGACCGACGUUAUGAUGCCCAUAACGUAUUUGGGAUUGGACUUCAGCACUCAACAGUUGAAAGGAGUUAUCGUUGACGAUGAUCUGCACAAGAUCUUCGAGGCCACUGUACAUUUCGACACGGAGCUCCAGGAGUUCCGGACUCAUGGUGGUGUGAUUAAGGGCAAAGACAGACAGCACCGCGAGGUGACAGCGCCAACGGUUAUGUGGGUCAAAGCCUUGGAUGUAUUAUUGGACCGGUUGCAAGUGUGCGGUGCCGAUUUGAGUACCGUUGCCGCGGUUUCUGGUUCCGGGCAGCAACACGGCACGGUUUAUUGGACGAACGGUGCUGAAAAAACGCUGCAAACUUUAAAUCCAACCGGAUUUUUGCACAUGCAAUUGGCGUCUUGUUUUUCCGUGGUCAACUCACCAGUGUGGAUGGAUUCCAGUACCACGAAACAAUGUAAACAUCUCGAGGAUGCUGUCGGAGGACCACAGCGAUUGGCUGACAUUACCGGAUCGAAAGCGUACGAGAGGUUUUCAGGACCGCAAAUUGCCAAAAUGGCGGAAAAUAAACCAGGAGCCUAUCAGAACACAGAAAGGAUAUCGUUGGUGAGUAGUUUCGGCUGUUCGUUAUUUCUCGGCGCAUACGCCCCGAUCGAUUGGUCUGACGGUUCAGGAAUGAAUCUGUUGGAUAUCAAGACCAAGGAGUGGUCAUCUGAGUGCUUGGAAGCGUGCGCGCCGGGGCUGGACUUGAAGCUGGGACGGACUGUGCCGCCGGGUACUGAUUUGGGGCCGAUUAGCAAUUAUUAUGCAGAGAGGUUUGGAUUCAAUCCCGAGUGUCGGGUGGUGUCAUUCACAGGCGACAAUCCAGCGUCAUUGGCCGGCCUGUGCCUAUGCGAUAACGACAUCGCCAUAAGUCUCGGGACCAGCGACACGUUGUUCUUGUCGCUCGACGAGCCCAGGUGUCUAGAAGAGGGACACGUCCUAGUUAGCCCGAUUAAUCGAGACGCGUAUAUGGUGCUCUUAUGUUUCAAAAACGGCUCGUUAACCCGUGAAAGACUGAGAAAUCACUACGCCAAUGAGUCGUGGGACUACUUCAACACAUUGUUGGAGAGAACGCCGAGAGGGAAUUUCGGAUAUCUGGGACUGUACUAUGACGAACAAGAGAUCAUACCAUGGAUACAAGGCGAUUACCGUUUCGACAAAAAUGAUGGACCCGUGGACAGAUUUCCCAGCCGGGAGAUAGAAAUUAAAGCAUUGGUCGAGGGACAAUUCAUAGCUAAAAGGGCGCAUGUCGAACAAUUAGGAUAUACCAUAGAUACCAAAACGAGGAUCAUAGCUACAGGAGGCGCUUCAAACAACAAUACAAUAUUACAAAUUUUAUCUGAUGUUUUUAACGCACCAGUUUAUAUACAAGAAGCUGCCAAUUCUGCAGUCCUAGGUGCUGCAUAUCAAGCUAAACGUGGACUUGUUCAAAGUAAGAAUAGUGACUACAUCAAUUCAUUUCAAUCUAUGGUAACCACUGCUACUCUUCCUAAGUUAGCUUGUUCUCCUCAUAAAGAUGCUAAUGAAAUUUACACUCCAAUGGUCAAGCGGUACAAUUAUAUUAUUAAAGAGGUGCUCUCUGCCGUUAGAAAAUAAGUACCUAACACAUAUAAACUACACUGGUUUUACACUAUUAUAUUGUUGAUACUUAACAUAUUAUGUUUUAUUUUAUGAAAUUAAUAAUUAAUAAAUAUAUUUAUAUGUUAUCAAAUAUUACAAUAGUCAAUAAAAUGAUUUAAAAUUCUUUUCA